CAUUAACCAACCAAUCAAACCUUGUUUCAUACAACGAUCGAUCGAUGAUGGAAGAAGCUGGGCGAGAAGAUCUCGGGCUGACGAUCAUGGCAAUGAAAGGCAGCUCGCAAGAAUGGAACAGAGUGGUGGCGCGCGUCCAACUUAGCCCGAUUCCUCAAAUGCCCUCUAAUCGACACUCACGACAUCAACCAAGCCCUGUCCUCGUCGCCGCCGUCCUCCUCUCAAACCGACGAUAACAAUAUCACCGAAGAAUCUCCAGCCCUAGACGUCGCAUACGGCGUCGCUUCCACACAGCUCAGUCUGAAAAUCCCCGUCAUCAUCAAUGGGGCCCACCCGUUAACUCUGGAGACCACGUGGCGACCGCUCGCAGCUUCUUCCGGCGCUCGUCUCAUCGUCAUCGAAUGCCACCCGCCGGAAGACAGAGCCGGACAACAUCAGUCAGACGGCGAGGACGAUCACGAUGGCAUCACAUUGGUCCACGUGGAUGCCGAGUCAUUCGACGGGAAGAAAGCCGAAGGCAUUGUGUCCAAGAUUCACUUGCUUUUACGUCAGCAGGAGCACAAUACUAAGGUGGUGGCUGGAGGAAAAAUAGAAAAAGCAAAACAGAGGAAGCAGAGAAGAAGGAGCGACCACUUGCAUGAAUGGGUGGAGAAACAACCCAAUAGUACUAAUGAAAAUAAUACCGACGACGUACGACUGGUUGUGUUUAGCUUGCGACGCCGGCGACCCUUUUCUUCUAGAGGCUUCCUACCGAUGCACCGACUGUGACUUUGCAUUGCACAAAAGGUGCGCCGAGCAACCGUACUACGGCGCAGUUUUGGACGAAUGUCCGCCGUAUCUGAAAGCGGUCCGACCGCAAUCGUACGACUUUCCUUCCAAGGUGAAAUGCAGAAACUGUCGGGACGGCUCCGGCGAGGAGGAGUUCUCCGCCGUGGAUGACUGCCACGAUUGCCUGAUGCAGACGAACCUCCGCCACAAGUCCUUGCCGACUGUGCUAAGGAAUAAAGACGCGCACCAUGAUCACCGGCUGAAUCUGGUCAUCAUGCCGUUUGGGUACGAUUACAAGUACUUGUGCGCCCGCUGCGAAGCAAUCGGGUACUCGGUCGGAUACAAAUGUUACGAGUGUAACGAAUUACCCAAUUUCCACGUGGCAUGUGCCCUGCUGCAGUGGUGGCCUUCGCCGAUUAAAUUACUAGCGUGGGUCCCGGCCAGUUGGCCUGAGGAAGCCAGCCAGCCAACGAUGACGGAAAUAGGUGAUGUCGGACCGACGAUCAUGGCAAUGAAAGGCCGCUCACAAGAUUGGAACAGAGAGGUGGCGUUCAACUUAGCUCGAUUCCUCAAAUACCCUCUCAUCGACACUCGCGACAUCCACCAAACCCUUCGAAAAUCCUUCCCCUCGUCGUUCUCCUCUCAAACCAACGACGACAACAAUAUCACCACCGAAGAAUCUUCGGCCACCCUAGUUGUUGCAUCCGGCUUCGCCUCGUCGCAGCUCAAUCUGAAGAUCCCCGUCAUCAUCAACGGCCCCCACCCACUAACCCCGGGCGCCACGUGGCGACCACUCGCAGUUUCUUCCGGCGCUCGCCUCGUCAUCAUCGAAUGCCACCCGCCGGAAGAGGAGGUCGGGCGCCAACACCACUACGCGGGCCGAGGUGACGAUGGCCUCUCGUUGUUCCACGUGGACGCCGAGUCAUUCGACAGGAAGAAAGCCGAAGAUAUCGCGUCCAAGAUUCACUUACUUUCACGUCAACAUGACGAGAAGUACAACCCUACUACUACUAAAACGACCAACAAGUUGGCUCCGGCGGCGAAAGAAAAAGAAGAAGAAGAAGAAGGAAAGCAGAACAGGAGGAAGAACGACCACUUGCACCAAUGGGCGGAGAAGUCACCGAACGAUGAUUCUGGUUGCAUAGCUUGCAGCCCCGACGACGUCCACUUCGUCACAAAGUUUCCGGUGUCUUACUACAAGUGCGCCGAGUGCGACUUCACGUUGCACAAACAUUGCGCCGAGAAACCGGACCACUUCUCCGUCAGCCUGGUUGCGGAGAGGUGUCCGCCGUAUCUGAAAGCAUUCCGACCGCAAUACGACUUUCCUUCCAAGGUUAAAUGCAGAAACUGCCGCGACGACGUGGAGGAGUACUUCUCCGCCGUCGAGGACUGCCACGAUUGCCUGACAAAGACAAACCUCGAAAACAAGUUCUUGCCGACUGUGCUAAUGAAUGAUCACGUGCACGGUCACCGGCUGAGCCUGGUCAUCAUGCCGUUUGGGUACGAUUACAAGUACCUGUGCGGCCGGUGUGACCAACUCGGAUACUCAGUCGGAUACAAAUGUUACGAGUGUGACGAACUGCCCAAUUUCCACGUGGCAUGUGCCCUGCUGUCACCUAUUCAUCCUCUUCCUCGUUCAGCUUCUCCUCCACGUCCUGGUGCUACAAUUCUUUCUCCCGCUCCUUCCCUUCUUGGUAUGCCUCGGUUCACAAUAGAGUAUAGGGAUUAAAUGUACUAUUUGUUUCUUAUAUAUGUACUAUUUUGUAAUUUACUUUUAUUUACUUUAUCUGGAGUGGACAGAUAUAUAUGCAUAAUGCAAUAAAGAAACAAUGUAAACUUUACCGU